AAACAAAAGAAAAAAGGAGAGAGAGAGAGAGAGUGGCCCAUUUGAAGGCCGAAAAGCAAACUAGCAAAGUGUAGGUCAUUGUAACUCGUAAUAACUUACCCAAGCAGUGCACCAAUUCCAAUAGUUUACAAACUAAUUUCUUUUUGUUAGGAGAGAAGCAUAUGAGUUCCUGACAUCCAACGUCUGCUGAAUUCUUGAAAAGCAAACCAAGAAAACUACUCCAGGAUUCAGUUACAUACAAUUAACCACCGCAAGAACCCACCUUUAUAAUUAUAUAUAAGCCCCUUCUCUCUCUACAUGCCUCUUAGGAUUCCUGCCGGUGGCUGACAGAUAAACUAUAGCCUCUUUCAGAAAUGGUGGUUGCCGGCGGCGAAGAGAGCUCCGGCGGGCGCACGGUGGUGGUGGGGGUGAAGCUGGACUUGUACAGCAGAGAGCUGCUCACGUGGGCUCUCGUCAAAGUUGCUCAAGCUGGUGAUCGCGUCAUCGCGCUUCAUGUUCUCAAGAACAACGAAAUUGUUGAUCGCGAUGGAAAAUCAUCCCUUCUCUCCCUGGUUAAAGCUUUUGAUUCGAUUCUUGAAGUUUACGAAGGAUUCUGUAAUUUAAAGCAGGUUGAUCUCAAACUAAAGAUAUGCAGAGGCUCAUCGAUUCAAAAGAUCCUCGUUCGUGAGGCUAAAUCUUACUAUGCGUCCGAGGUUAUAGUAGGAACUGCUCAAACACAUCACACGAUUCGUUCUUCAGCAUCUGUUGCUAAAUACUGUGCAAAGAAACUGUCAAAGGAGUGCUCUGUGUUGGCUGUGAAUAAUGGGAAAAUUGUGUUUCACCGCGAAUCCAGUUUGGCGUCUCGUGUUAGUGUCAAAGAACUCGAGCAUAAUCGUAGGAAUGGUUUACUUACUGCUCUGCAAAGAUCAUUCAGCAAGAACAUCAAAGUGCUCAACGAUGGUGAUCCCAUUAAGCCAAUGCUGACAUGGGAAGACGGUGGUGGAUGUGGUAAAUCAGAGGAAAAAUGCUCGAUUUGUACUCCAGACUCGGUGACGUGGCAUAAGGCGUGCAGGGGGGCAGCUGAGGAGCCUGCAAAGGAUGAAGGCGAGAGGGAUUCUUCGAUGGCGAUUGUUCCAGUGGAGAAGGUGGAGGUUGCAUCCGUUUCGGUUUCACUGUUGCUGAGGGAAUUGUCUGAAGUGAAGCCCGGUUGGCCGCUUCUUCGUCGUGCCAUGGUUUGUAACACGAGUUCUUCACAGAUUCAGCAAGUAAGGCAGAUCUCUGUGGUUCAAUGGGCAAUGAGGCUACCGAGUAGGUAUUGUUUGUACAUUGAGAAUUCGACUAGGAAAGACUGUGACUCCUCAAAUCAUGAUCAAGACCAUCAACUAGAUGGAGAAACUGGUGCAAUUGUUCCUGUUGGGAAUGAAGCUGUGUCUAUUCCAUCGAGCCCCGACUGCGUGUCAAGGUCCUUGCCGGAGGAACUUGAGGGCCUUCACGAGAAGUACUCCGCCACGUGCAGACUGUUUAAGUUCAGGGAGCUUGAGCUAGCCACCUCCUGCUUCAGACAAGGGAAUAUGAUAGGAAAAGGAGGGAGUAGUCAGGUCUAUCGAGGCUGCCUUCCCGACGGGAAGGAGCUUGCCGUGAAGAUCUUAAAGCCAUCCGAGAAUGCUUUAAAGGAGUUUGUCCUUGAAAUCGAGAUCAUCACCGCGAUACAUCACAAAAACAUCAUCUCACUCUUUGGAUUCUGUUUUGAGGACAAUCAUCUUCUCUUGGUGUAUGAUUUUCUAUCAAGAGGAAGCCUUGAAGAGAAUCUUCACGGCGAUAAAAAGGAUCCACUCUUAUUUGGGUGGAACGAGAGAUAUAGGGUCGCUAUAGGCGUAGCCGAGGCUUUGGAUUAUCUUCACAACAGAGAAGGGCAAGCUGUGAUCCACAGGGAUGUUAAGUCAUCAAACAUACUUCUAUUCGAUGAUUUCGAGCCUCAGCUUUCAGACUUUGGGCUUGCUAAAUGGGCAUCACCAAAUUCGACUCACAUAACGUGCACUGACGUCGCUGGCACUUUCGGAUAUUUGGCUCCUGAGUAUUUCAUGUAUGGGAAGGUCAACGAGAAGAUAGAUGUUUACGCCUAUGGAGUGGUUCUUCUCGAGCUUCUCUCGGGGAGGAAGCCGAUAAGCAGCAACUGUCUGAAAGGACAAGAGAGCCUUGUUAUGUGGGCGAAGCCGAUUCUAGCUUCGGGCAAGUUCACUAUGUUGCUUGAUCCGAACCUGGGAAGCAAGUAUGAUGAUGAUCAAGUAGAGAGGAUGCUUCUAGCUGCAUCGCUUUGCAUCAGACGUGCACCACGAGCUCGACCCCAAAUGAGCCAUGUUUUGAAGCUUCUCCGGGGAGACCCUGAGGUCGUGAAGUGGGCAAGAGUGCAAGUAAACGCCUCUGAGGGGUCGGUCCACGUGGAAGUUAACAACUCCGUGGAAGGGUCUGAUGCAAUAGACGAUGAACUCAUCUCACAAUCCAAUCUGCAAUCCCAUCUCAACCUUGCAAUGCUUGGCGUGGAGGAGGACUCGCUCUCCCUAAGCAGCAUCGAGCAAAGCGUUUCCUUGGAAGAUUAUCUACGAGGUAGGUGGAGCCGCUCUUCUAGCUUCGACUAGACUUGCAAAAUGCAACCAGAAAAGGGGAAAGGAGCUCUAGUAGGUGUUGUGUGUGUUUUGUUUGAUGGUUGUAUGUUGGCAUUUGUUACUACUCACAGUGAAUGUGGGUUUGGAUGUGAGGUUUGUUUGUAGGUCUUGUCCUCCUCCUUCCCUUAGUAGUUGUGAGAGUGAAGCCAUUCUUUUUGUCUGGUUGUUUUUUCAGAAUGUUUAGGAUUUGAUUCAGAAAAAUUGAUGUAUUUUGGUUAUUAAAGCCUCCCAUCAAAUUGUACUUAUAUAGUGAUUACAUUAUAAAUAAUAAUGUUAUCAUAUUCAUGCUCA